AGGAGUUUUGUGACGUGACCCGGAAGUGUUGCUGUGGGUCGCCAGGUUGAGUGAAGAUGUUUCUGACAACAGUGAAUUUUGCCAAGAGCAAAUCAAAAUCUAUCCUUGUGAGGAUGGUGAGUGCUGCUGGAAGUGGCUAUUGCUUCAAUGCAAAGAGGAGCCGACUACGGGACAAACUUGUCCUGAGGAAACAUGAUCCAAUAGUAAAUAAGCACGUUCUUUUCUUUGAGAAGAAGAAAAUCCGGUCAAUCUGAUAUAGGAUGCUGAAAUGAACUGAUUUUGUGUGAAGACAAUUGAGGAACUGAAUGAAAUUUCCUGGAAAUAAUAAAUACCACCUGUGGUUUGGGGAUAUUACAAAAGCUGACAAGAACAUCAGAAGAGGGAACAGUCACUUUUUUACACUUUUAUUUACAACUUACAGGUUACUUUUUUUUAAAAUGAACAAUGGCUAGAACCAAACCGAAUGGCCUGUUCUUUCAUUUCCGCUCCCCCCCCCCCCCCCAAAGAGUUCCUGAGGGAGCUGCGCUCUGUGGGGGUAGCUAGCUUGAGUUCCUUGUGAUUGAACACUCUCAGAAGCGAUGUCACAGGCCCUUCUGCUCAUUUCAUCCAGUUCCAUGCAAGGAUAAUAAGCCAUGUAGAAUGCCAGAGCACCCAAAAAGCUGUCGCCUGCACCCUUAAAAGUAAUUUGAGAAAGAAUUAGUUUAUUCUAAUGGAAUUAAAGCUCUAAUGAUAAUUCAUUUGCUGAACGACUAUGCAUUUUCUUGCUAUGUCUUGUACAUGUGCUGAACUCAGAGUCAACGCCAACACGCUUCGGUGACAAGUGCAUGCAGUAUCUGGUUUCUCCUCCUUUCUUACCCUUUCCCUUGCUGAAAAAUAGUAAGCUACCGAUUCAGUUUUAGUUAGUCAACUUUGUCAUAUUUCUCCCGACCAAUAGUUAUUCAUGUAAAAGAAAGUGGUAUAAAUCCAAAUUGAGUCGUAGAAAUCUACAGCACUGAAAAAGACCCAUUGCAUCUGCGCUGGUCAAAACCAACUGCCUAGUUAUUCUAAUCCAAUACUGAAGUCUUCCACGGGGAGCCACUAAAACAAAAUGUCUUGAUCAGACCUUUGGCCAUGCUGCAGAAUAAACUACUCUGAAACAAAA